GUUUACCUAGGAGACCAUUAUUUCAUCCCAUAUUUUGCCUCGCGAGGAGACGAUGCAAUGUCAGGAAUCGAAGUUGCAGGCCUUGUAUUAGGCGCGAUACCGAUAGUUGUUUAUGGGAUUCGUGGGUAUAGACAAACAAUGCACGCCGGCGGAUUGUUUGUUCGGAGAAGCCACUACGUUGACGACCUGGCACACGCUCUGGACUAUCAAAAGAUUUGUCUCGCAGAGAUUCUAUGGACGGUUCUUGUUAAGUGCGGCCAUGGGAACCCCGCUGGUCUCUACCUGAAUCCACACGACUUCUUGAAAGACAGAUCUAUUGGUGAAGAUAUCGAGGACUAUCUGGGGCAGAAUACAUAUCGGACCUUUGCGACUGAAAUAGAACUCGCAUUCGACGCAGUUCGAACCAUCGCGAAGAAAAUCUCUGGACUAGUACCCGGAGUAGAGGCCAGUAUUGAUGAUCUGGUGACGAUCAUCAUCGCAAACCAGAUGCAGGUGCACGGUCACCUAAAGGACGUUGUUCCAAGAGUGAGGCUCAUGUUCUCCGAAAGUGAGCUGAAAGACGCCAUCAAGGAGCUGAACGCGUCGAUUGCCCGCCUUGAUCGCUUGAUCCGGCUCGUCGCCUCGAAUCGAAAGCCGAUUGGAAGCUGUGUGAAUCGACGCACUUUGAUGCUCGCCAAGACUUUCUAUCAAAUUCUCAGUCUAUACAAAGCUCUCAAUCAUGGAUUGCGUACUCCCUGCCAAAUUCGGCACGAAGCGCAAUUAUUCCUCGAUGAUCGACUCGAUACCGCGUUCCACAUGUCAACACUAGCCAAGAUAGAGAAAGCCACGGAAAAUCUAUCUUUCUACCUUGCCAUCACCAUCACAUUGGAACAACAGCAAGUACAGGCUUACGAGGUGAAUGUGCAAGCCGUGGAAGAACUCAUCAAUGCUCCGCAAGCUCCACCUCAAACUGCAGCGGAGAGGGAAAUAAAGAUUAGAGACGAUCUUUGUGCAGCUUUCACUUCCGCAAACUCUGGGCGAGAACUUGUCACAUUCGUUCUCACUACAUCUGGCAGGAUCGGAACUAAACCAGCAAAAAGGAAAGAGUUACUGCCGUCUCUUUACCAUGGUGCGAUUUCGCUUAAUUCACUUCUUUAUCGCUGGAGAACUCUCACACUUCGAGAUCGGUCAGUCUCUCUCAAGGACCGGAUGAUACUCGCCUUUCGAGUAGCUUCAAACUUUCUACAGCUACUGCGAUCGGAGUGGACUCCUGGAGUCUGGUCAAAAGCCAUCAUAUACUUCCCGCUCCGGCCUGAAGAUCCAACAACCGGUGCUGAAGAUCCAAUUACCCGUCCUGAUAUUCCUCCUGUCGAUUUCACGAGACCAUUCGUUUCUGCCACGUUUGGAAACACUCCGAAACAAAAGUACCCAACCCAACACUACCCUCGACCAAAAGAGGAUCUCUUGGAGCUGGGCAUUCUACUUCUAGAGAUCUGGCACAUGACGGCGUUCAAGUCUCGAUUUGAUCUGAAAGGAAUGCCCGUCGGAUACUACAGUCGGCUAUCCCUAGCGCUUGAGUGGCUGGAUGACACCGACGACCCGCUAUUGAAGCUGUACGACAAGGCUGUCAAUUUCUGCCUAACCGGGCUGCGCACUAGCGAAGAGAGAAAUGCUCAGUGGGAUAACCUGAGGCUCUGGGCGGCUGCCUAUGCAAACAUUGUGGAGCCACUUUCUGAGAAUUGUAAGAUGUGGCGGGAAUCUGCAAAAGCGUCUCUGUAG